CGCCGGCCUCGCGCUCCAUCUCGGGCGCCGGCCCGCCGCCGCCUGCGCCCUCUGCGCCGGGCCCGCCGGUCGGAGGACCGGGCCCGGAGGGUCCGCCCACGCGCUCCGGCUCGGCCGCGGGCCACCACGGCAUGGAGGUGGGCAUGGGCCAGCCGGUGACGAUCGUGCAGAAGCUGGCGCUCGCCAAUGAGCAGACGUGGAUCGCCAUCGGCUCAGCCGCCGACGCAAUGGAGGACUUCGAGCGCGCCAUUGCCGCGUACGAGGCCGCGCUGCGCCACAACCCGUACUCGGUGCCGGCCAUCAGCGCCAUCGCCGGCGUGCACCGCACGAUGGACCACUUCGAGAAGGCCGUCGAGUACUUCCAGCGCGUGCUGAACUUGGUGCCUGAGAAUGGCGAGACGUGGGGUGCCAUGGGCCACUGCUACCUGAUGAUGGACGACCUGCAGAAGGCAUACACGGCCUACCAGCAGGCGCUGUACCACCUGCCCAACCCCAAGGAGCCGAAGCUGUGGUACGGCAUCGGCAUCCUGUACGACCGGUACGGCAGCCUCGAGCAUGCCGAGGAGGCGUUUGCCAGCGUCGUGCGCAUGGACCCGAACUACGAGAAGGCAAACGAGAUCUACUUCCGCCUCGGCAUCAUCUACAAGCAGCAGAGCAAGUACCAGGCGAGCCUCGAGUGCUUCCGCUACAUCCUCUCCAACCCGCCGCGGCCGCUCACCGAGAUCGACAUUUGGUUCCAGAUCGGCCACGUGUACGAGCAGCAGAAGGACUUCGGCCUCGCCAAAGACGCGUACGAGCGCGUGCUCGCCGAGAACCCGCUGCACGCCAAGGUCCUGCAGCAGCUCGGCUGGCUCUACCAUCAGUCGAGCGCCGGCUUCCAGAACCAGGAGCGCGCGAUCCAGUUCCUCACCAAGAGUCUCGAGUCUGACCCCAACGACUCGCAGAGCUGGUACCUGCUGGGCCGCGCAUACAUGGCGGGCCAGAACUACAACAAGGCGUACGAGGCCUACCAGCAGGCGGUCUACCGCGACGGCAAGAACCCGACGUUCUGGUGCUCGAUUGGCGUGCUGUACUACCAGAUCAGCCAGUUCCGCGACGCGCUCGACGCCUACUCGCGUGCCAUCCGCCUCAACCCGUACAUCUCCGAGGUCUGGUUCGACCUCGGCAGUCUGUACGAGUCGUGCAACAACCAGAUCUCCGACGCCAUCGAUGCGUACGCGCGUGCCGCCGAGCUCGACCCGGAGAACCCGCACAUCCAGCAGCGCCUCAUGCUGCUGCGCAACGCCGAGGCCAAGGGCGAGCAGGUCUCGUCUGCGCCCAUGCCGCAGGAUGUGCACCCGACGGCGUACGCGAACAACUCGGGCGCGCCGGGACCGCCGUCUCAGAUCGGCGGUGGCCCGCCGGGCGCUGGCUUUGCGCCGCCGGGCCAGCUCACUGUCGGCCCCGACGGCGCCGCGCCGCGCGAGCUGCCCGGUCCCGGCCAGAUGCGCCGCAGCCAGUCGCCCCACUUCCGCGACGGCGCGCCGCCGGCCAUCCCAAACAUCGACGAGCGUGGCACCAAGGCCUCGACACACACGCAGCUCGCGCCCAUGGACGCACCGCCGAUGGACCCGCGCCAGUCGCCCGUGCAGCACCACCGCUACGCCAACGAGCGCGGCUCGCCAGGCCCGCACGGCUACGGCCGUGGCGGCCCGGGCCCCUCGGGCCCAGGCCCCAUGCGCCAGUGGGACGCUGCUGGGCGUCCGGUGCACGAGCGUGACCCUCGCGAGCGUGAGCGCGACCCGCGUGAGCGCGAGGACCCGCGCGGCUACCCUGGGCGUCGCGACGACGGCUCGCCGCACGCCUACAACAACGGCCGCAGCGGUGGCCCGCCGCCGAUGCCCUUCGAGCGCGAGUCGUACGGACGCUACGAUCCGCCAUUCGAGCGCCCGGGCGCGCACGGAGGCCCGCCGCCCGCGCAGCAGCAGCCGCCGCAGCAGAUGGGCGGUCCGGGCGCGUACGACCCGCUGAGCGACCGCGCCGACCCUAUGCGCCGCUCCGACGGCAGCGUGCAGAGCGGCGAGAUGGCGCGCGACAACGUCUCGGACGCCUCGGGCCCGUCGUCGAAGAAGAAGGCGCGCCGGCCGAAGAGCGGCGCCAAGAGCGCUGCUGCGGAGUCGGCUGCCUCUGGCCCGUCGCCGUCGCGUCGCAAGGCCGAGGCUGCGCGUGCCGCCUCGCGCUCCCAGUCUCCUGCGCAGACCGUGCGCCCCGGCUCCUCGAGCACCAACACCAAGUCGCGCGGCGGACGCACGCCCAAGACGGGCCGCUCGCCGAGCACGGCCGCGCGCGGACCGUCGCCGGCCGGCUCAGACUCUUCGUCGGACAGCGCGCGCCCGCUUGCAGGCUACGCCAGUGCGCAGGCCGCUGCACCCGCUGCGGCUGCAGCGCCCUCGCGCGCCGUCGACGAGGACUAUGACGACGGAGCGGCCGACGCUCUUAUGGGUCUGGCCGGCGCCGCCUCGGCUUCGAUGAGCCUGCCGCCGCGCAAGGCCGAGCCGACGCCGGCACCGGCCGCCUCUGCGCCCAGCGCCGAGGCCUCCGGCUCAAGCUCAGCUCCUCGCUCGCCGCAGGAACCCAAGACUGCCGCUCGCCGCAGCCGCUCGCCGAUGCGCGUCGACAAGGAGCCGGAGGAGCGCGCGCCGGCCAGCUCCUCUGCCAUCGCCUCCGACGACGCCGCACCGCCGCAGCCCGCCUCGUCGUCGAGCGCGGCGCGCGCCGACAGCCUGCUCGGCAAGCGUGCGGCGCUGAGCGACGAGGAGGGCACGCCGCGCGAGAGCAGCACCGAGAAGCGCCCGCGCAACUCGAGCCCCUCGCCGCGUCCCGAGAGCGCCGCUGCAGCGCCUGCUGAGAACGGCACGGCUGCGGCACCCAAGCGGUCCUCGCCUGCCCAGCCAGCACCUGCCGCGGCGACGGAGAGUGCGGAGAAGACCGCCAGCAACGGCACUGCCGACGCGAGCGCAAAGGCCUCGCCCGAUGCUGCGGCGCCGGCCAAGUCUGCCGAGCCUGCCCCCGCUGCCGAGAGCGAGGCUGCUGCGGCGCCGGCCAAGGAGGCAGCAUCAGAGGCUGCCGCCGCGCCCGCACCUGCCGCUGCCGCGCCCGCACCUGCCGCUGCCGCCGCUGCUCCUGCUGCUGCCGCUGCGGCACCCUCGCCCGAGGAGGGCGAGGUGGACGACGAGGCGCCGGCGCCGGCUGCUGCCGCCAAGGAGGCCGACGGCGCCGCCGCCGCCAGCAAGGAGGCCACGCCGGCUGCGCCGGCGGGUGCUGCGGCCGUCUGAACGAACACCAAGGCCCGCUGCUCCGCUCCACGUCACCCAGCGCUACUAAACCCUUACCCAAAACCCUGACAUGUGCGCGCACAGCCGCCGCUUCCACACCCUAGUCUUCCCCCACACCACCCCUAAACGCUCGUGCUCCUCGCUCCCCGAAAGCCCUUCCUCUCUCCCUGUCAUGUGUGUUUGAGAAUCAUGCCUCGCUCUCGCCUGUAUCUCCUCCGCGUACCAUGUGCGCCCUGCUGCAAGCUUUGAGUUCUAGAC